AUGUAUUUACUAUACUCAACUCGACCAAAGGAUCAUAAAAAGAAAUAUUCAAUACAUAUUGAUAUUUAUGAGAAAAUGUCACUCGCAUAUCGAGAAAGUUAUUUAAUACCACUUAAAUUUCCAUUUUUACCUGUACAUCGUGUUGCUGUACAACUUAAUAUUUCACGUACUAAUAUUGUGGAAAGUUGUUCAAAUCAACAAUGUAUUCAUGGUAAAUGUAUUAAAUAUUCAGGUAAUACCAACAAUAAUACUUUCUGUCAUUGUUAUCCUGGAUGGUCUGGAAGAUAUUGCAAUAUUUUUCAUAAUUGUACAUGUUCAUCCGACUCAUUAUGCAUCGGUAUUUUAGCAAAUAAUCGAUCUAUCUGUGUUUGUCCUAUGAAUAAAUGGGGUUCUCGAUGCUUACUGCAAAGUACUAUAUGUCAUUCGAAUCAUAAUAUUACAUGUAACAAUAAUGGACAAUGUAUGCCUACUGAUGAACAUAUAAUAUCCAACAGAAAUUUUAAAUGUAUCUGUCGAAAAGGUUUCACUGGAGAAAGAUGUGAAAUAGUUGAUAAUAAAAUUAUUUUAUCAUUUCAUCGUGAUAUUGAUUUACCAGAUACUUUACUUAUUCAUUUUAUUCAAGUGAUGGAUAAUGCUCCACCUACAAAUGGUAGUACUUUCAAAAUAAUUCCUAUUCAUCAAAAAGAAAUAAUUAUUUAUUGGUCAAAUCCAUUUAAUAUUGCUUUUGUUGAACUUUUUGAUAAAAAUUACUAUUUAAUUACUGUUAAAAAAGUUUAUUAUCAAUCAAAAACAAUCGUUCGAGAAAUUCAAGCAUCAGAUCAUUGUCCAUAUAUAGGUAAAAUAUUGAAUGAGACUAUUGCUAAACUUCAUCUUAUUCGUCGUAUUAAAUAUUAUCAUUUACCAUGUCAAAAAUAUUCACCAUUAUUAUCUUGUUUUUAUGAUGAUGAUUACUUUUGUUUAUGUAAUAAUUAUGGAGAAGAACGUUUAGCCAAUUGUUUUGAAUUCGAUUAUAAAAAGAAAUUCGAUUGUUUUGGUGAAAGUAAUUGUGAACAUGGAGCACAAUGUUUACAAGAUAAACCCACAUGUCCACGAACAUCAGUAUGUGUUUGUCAGACAUGUUUUUAUGGAAAACGUUGUCAAUUUAGUUCGAAUGCAUUUGGUCUUUCACUUGAUGCAAUUAUAGGUUAUCAUAUUCGACCACAUGUUGUCAUCAAUCAUCAAUCUCUUAUUGUUAAAUUAACUAUAGUAUUAACAAUCCUUAUCACUCUUAUAGGAUUAAUUAAUAGUGUUUUAUCGUUGAUUGCAAUGAAUGGCAAAGAAGCUCGUAAAAUUGGUUGUGGUAUUUAUCUAAUAUCUACAUCAAUUAGUGCUUUGUUUACAAUGAUUAUAUUUGCAUUGAAAUCUUCGAUUCUUCUUAUUGCACAAAUAACAUAUAUUGAAAACCGUUUAUUCUUAAAAUUACAAUGCACUUCAAUCGACUUUUUAUUACGCAUUAGUCUUAAUAUGGAUCAAUGGUUAUCUACAUGUAUAGCUAUUGAACGAGUUAUUACUACAAUAAAAGGAACUAGUUUUAAUAAGAAGAAAAGUAAACAAAUGGCUAAAUAUAUUAUUAUUAUACUUAUAUUUUUAAAUAUUAUUACUAAUAUUCAUGAUCCUAUUCAUAGACGUUUGAUAGAUGAUAAUAAUGAUGAUGAAGAUGGCAAUGAGAAAAGAAUAUGGUGUAUUGUUACUUAUUCAUCUAGUUUUCAAACAUUUAAUACAUUAGUAAAUAUAUUUCAUUUUUUGACACCAUUUACUAUAAAUUUGAUUUCGGGUAUAAUCAUUAUUAUAAUGACUACUCGAAAGCGUAGGACGGCUCAAACUAAUGAAAGUUAUCGAAACAUUUUAUAUAAACAAUUGAAACAACAUAGUCACUUACUGAUCGCACCGAUUGUUUUGAUCAUUCUAGCUAUUCCACGUUUAAUUAUUUCUCUUAUUUCACAUUGUAUGAAAUCAAUUAAUGAUCCAUGGCUAUUUUUUAGCGGAUAUUUUAUAUCAUUCAUGCCAUCCAUACUCACGUUCAUUGUAUUUAUUCUUCCUUCAAGAUCAUACAAACAAGAAUUUUUCAAAGCUUGUCAACAAUAUAAAAAAGCAAUACAAAGACGACUACGUAUUGUUUCAUAG